AGAAGUGACUCAGACAUCUUCAUGGCCUCUAAAGAUGCCCAAAACCAAAGAAGUAGAGGCCUGCUUGGUUUUCUCCCUGGAACUCCGGACCCAGACCAGAGGCUCGGUGUCGCAUCUUCCAAUCCAGAAAACCAGGCCUGGCAGCCGCGUCUCCCUCCGCCAAGUUUCCUUCCGACAUUAGACCUGAUAAUUAUACACCAGCAGGUGGAGCUUCUUGGAAUGAUACUUGGUACUGAGAUCUCCAACAAAUAUGAGAUUAAAAACAGCUUGGGACAAAGAAUUUACUUUGCAGUGGAGGAAAGCAUCUGUUUCAAUCGUACUUUCUGUUCCACGCUGCGAUCUUGCACCCUGAGGAUCACAGAUAACUCAGGUCGAGAGGUGAUUACCGUAAACAGGCCUUUGAGGUGUAAUAGCUGCUGGUGCCCUUGCUACCUACAAGAGUUAGAAAUUCAAGCCCCUCCUGGUACUAUAGUUGGCUACGUUGCACAGAAAUGGGACCCCUUUCUGCCUAAAUUCACAAUUCAAAAUGCAAACAAAGAAGAUAUUUUGAAAAUUAUUGGUCCUUGUGCAACAUGCGGCUGUUUUGGUGAUGUGGAUUUUGAGGUGAAAACCAUUAAUGAAAAACUUACAAUUGGGAAGAUUUCGAAGUACUGGUCAGGAUUUGUAAAUGAUGUCUUCACAAAUGCUGACAACUUUGGAAUUCACGUGCCAGCAGAUCUGGAUGUGACGGUCAAAGCAGCAAUGAUCGGUGCUUGUUUUCUCUUUGAUUUUAUGUUCUUUGAGCAUUCACUGGCUGGAUUAUAAGAAGCACGAUAAUGAAAACAAUAAAAUAUGCAGAACAUAUUUCAAAUUCUUUAGGGUAUUUCAAAGCACUUGCACACAUAUGAAAGCCCUGAGUUGGACCUCACAAGAAGACAGAGAGAGGGUUUCAAUUGUACAUAACGUUGGAGACAACCAGGUACAACUUCCAUAUACUGAAGACUUAGAAAAUGAGAAGUAGAAAAAUUAAAUGACUUU